AUGCCAUAUCCGACGAUUGCGGAGCUCGUUGAGCGGAGCAAGGAGACGAAGAAGACCCAUACACCUUUGCUCUCUUCUGCCGAGCGACGCGCGAAAGGCAUCAAGAUGAGUGGGACUCUGGUCAAGGUUAUAUGCCACCGCAACGGAGGAGGACGCGCUAGACACGCGAUUAAAGACAUCGCUGUGCUCGAUAUCAUCGUCGGGCUCGAUGAAAUUGCAGUGAUCCAUCAUACGGAUUGUGGUGCCAGCAGAUACACGGAUGACUCGAUGCGGAAGCAGAUCAAGGAACGUGCGGGCCCCGGUUGUGACAAACUUGUUGAUGAGUUGGAUCCCGCGGCAAUCGGAGACCUCGAGGGAAGCAUUCGGGAGGAUCUCGCUGAGCUGAGGCAGUCGCCCCUUAUUCGGAAGGAGCUGUCGGAGAACGCUCAGGGUUUCAUUUUUGACGUCUUCACGGGAGAGCUGACUCGAGUUGAGUAA